AUAAUCAUCACUCUUGUGAGAGCGCACCGAAAGUGACAUAUUUUGUGUUGCAAAUUUUACAUUGGUAGACACCGAAGACUGCGGAAAACUUCGGAGGAUUAGCAGCAGCCAUGUGACGUAGCCUACCAAGCUAGUGAACCAAGCUUACGGAGUUUCCCCGAUUGGCCCCACGAUCUGGACAGCACAAAUAUGUCAGACGAAAAACCGCCACCCCCGCCGGUCAGGCUGACGUCGGCGCAGGCGAGGAAUCCAGCCUCGUCUCUGCCUCUCGAAUUGAGACCUUUACCACCAGAGCCCUCGAAAAAGCACAGAAAUAUUGAGCCUUCACCUAUAACAAUCUCCAAGCCAACAAACUUCGCUCACACAAUGCACGUGGGCUUCGAUCCUCAUACCGGAGAAUUCACGGGACUUCCACCCGCGUGGUUCAAGCUUCUGCAGACGUCCAACAUUUCGAAACAGGAGCAGGAGAACAAUCCCCAGGCUGUUAUUGAUGCGUUGAAUUUCUACAACAACAAGGAUGGGGGACAGGGUCUCAUCGAGACGAAACCCAAAUACCUCAUGCAAGGUGGCGGUUAUCCUCUAUCGACCACGUCUGAAGAGAGCGUUGCUUCCGGCGAUAAAGUGUCGACACCGAGCGAAAGCGGACACUCUCGUCACGUGUCCUGUGGCAGUCGAACCUCGGUAGCAUCCGAGGAACGCUCACUGAGCUCCGAAGCUUCAGCUGCGGGUACACCGAUGGGUGUAGCUGCCAGACCAAAAGCACCCUCACCGCCCCCACGCCCAGAGCGAACAAAGUCAUUGUAUACUCGUCCGGUCUCGGACAUAUUCCUUUCUAAAGAAGAGGAACGCAACCGGAAUGUACCCGGCCAGGACAAUAUCGAUUUUGCGAACAACAACGAUCAGAGUCGGGUGGCUGACACCACACCCGAAGAAACGCCCGAAGCGCAGCACGAUCAAAAACCCGUGACGACGUCGUGUCAAGAAAAACAGGACAACAACGCUCAGGUCAGGACGCGCUCGAACCAAAAGAAGAAAAUGUCCGAGGAGCAAGUUAUUGAAUUGUUGAAAGGAAUAAUUUCCGUCGGGGAUCCGCACUCCAAGUACACGAGACUCCAAAAAAUCGGGCAAGGAGCAUCCGGUGUUGUUUAUACUGCAAUCGAAACGGCGACUGGUUCGGAAGUUGCCAUCAAGCAGAUGGUUCUAGCGCAACAGCCCAAGAGAGAACUCAUCAUCAACGAAAUUCAGGUGAUGAAAGCGAUACGACAUCCGAAUAUAGUGAAUUACUUGGAUUCGUACCUCGUCCAGACCGGUCCUUCAGUCACUUCAAUGGAGUUGUGGGUCUGCAUGGAAUAUCUCGCCGGGGGCUCCCUGACUGAUGUUGUCACCGAGACUCUGCUAGAAGAAGGCCAGAUCGCAGCUGUACUGCAACAGGUGUUGCUCGCUCUCGAGUUUCUCCAUUCGAAACGCAUCAUCCACCGAGAUAUAAAGAGUGACAACGUCCUAUUAGGUAUGGACGGAAGCGUCAAACUCACAGAUUUCGGCUUCUGCGCUCAAUUAGGAGGUGCUUCGGAGGCUCACAAACGGAGCACCAUGGUUGGAACCCCUUAUUGGAUGAGUCCAGAGAUCGUAACCCGGAAGCAAUACGGGCCUAAGGUCGACAUUUGGUCGCUCGGCAUAAUGGCAAUUGAGAUGAUCGAGGGAGAACCUCCGUAUUUGAAUGAAAACCCCCUACGGGCGCUAUACCUUAUCGCCACCACGGGACGACCGGUUAUCAAGGAUCGCGACAAACUCAGUCCACUGCUACAAGGGUUCCUCGACGCGAGCUUGACCGUCGAUGCGUCGGCCAGACCUUCGGCGUCUCAGAUGCUCCAACAUCCUUUCUUGAAGCUGGCUCGACCCCUCCAUAGCUUACACCCUUUGAUCGUCGCAGCGAAAGAAGCCAUUAAGCAACAUCAAUAGAGUUGCCGAGGGAAGAAGUCAAUUUUGAAGUGAUAAGACUUAUUUUUUUCCUCCUACUUUCUUCACGUGUGGAAGUCUAGCUCCACAAAGCUGAGACGAGAUUGAAAGAUAAGACGAGCACUACGUUGGCAAGCACUUUCUACGCGAGACGAAUCGGAUAGAGGUGAUCUGCAAAGGAAGAAGAGGACCACAAAACAUUGUAUAUAGGACUAGUUGACUGAAAUUCAGAACUCAAGAUUAUGGAGUACAAUAAAAACAAGGGAUGA